AUCUUUGGGCAGAAUCAAAAGCUGCCGGUAGCGAGUGAAACCUCGCCACAUAUGAAGGCAACUUGAGGGGCGGUUUUGUAACGACUCGUACUGCAACUCGCCUCAACGCCCCCACUCAGAUUUUGACGGAGGUUUGCUGAGAAGUCUGGACCUUGAAUAAUGGCCUCCCUACCACCCCUUGGUCGACUCUUCAGCGAGGUGACCUGCUCCAUCUGCCUGGAUUUCUUCCAGGAGCCAGUGGCCUUGGAGUGCGACCACAACUUCUGCCGGCUGUGUAUCUCACGGAGCUGGGAGAAGGGUGACGCCUUCUACUCCUGCCCCGAGUGCAGGGAGGUGUUCAAGGAGAAGAGGUUGAAGCCCAACCGCAUGCUGGCCAACAUUGUGGAGGGCGUGAGGGAGCUGAAGCUGGAGCCCCGCCAGGGACAAUCGGCCUUCUACUGCCAGCGGCAUGAAGAGAGGCACAAGCUCUUCUGUCUGGAGUGCCAGGGUGUCAUCUGUGUGGUUUGCUCUUGUUCCAGUGAGCACCAAGGCCACGUCAUCAUCCCCAUCGAGGAGGCUUACAUCCUAUACAAAGACAGGUUGGAAAAAUCCACAGAUUUUCUCCAGAUCCAAAAGGAGCAAGCAUGUCACAGUCAGAGCCAACAAGAAGCAAAGAUUUAUAAAAUCAAGGAGAAGGGCCGACUGCUGAAGGAACGGGUCGAGGUUGAUCUUUCCAGCGUCUACCGAUUCCUGAACUCGAGGAAGUGGGAGCUGGAGGCGAAGAUCGAUGAAGAGGUGUGCAGGACGGUUCAGCCCUUGCAAGAGGACCUGGCGAAGAUCUGCCUGGAAGCCUGCACGAUCGAGCAAACCAUCCGGGAUGUGCAGCUGCAACUGAGCUACGGGGAGCCCCAGGAGAUGCUACAGGACAUCAAGCAGUUGUUGGACAGAUGCAAACAGGAAUACAUCGCGCCAACGGACUUUCCCACCGACCUCCACACUGACUCCAUCAUCACACCUUUCCGUUACGUUAGAAUCUGGGAUGAGCUGAAAGCACUUGUUCCAGCCCGGGAGUCCGUGAAGCUGGACGCCAGGACAGCUCACCCUCGGCUGCUCCUGUCCGAGGACCUGCGCAGUGUGGUGGACGGUGAGAAGCGGCGUGAGUGCUCGCUCUCACCCCAGCGCUUCAACCACUGGCUGUGCGUGCUGGCAGGCAGCGGCUUCAAGUCGGGGCGACAUUACUGGGACGUGGAGCUGGGGGGCAACCAGGCCUGCUUGCUGGGGGUGGCCAGCGAGCUGGCCGACCGGCUGAUCACCGGGCCGCUGGUGCCGCAGGACGGCUACUGGGUACUGGAGAUGGUCAACGGCAACCUGGUCAACCUGGGAGGGCCGGGGCCCCGGAGCCUCCCCCUCCGACACAAGCCGCAAACCGUCCGCGUCUACCUGGACUACGAGGAGGGGCACCUGUCGUUCUACGAUGCCGACAGCCUGUGCCACCUCUACACCCUGCACCACAAGUUCACCCACACACUCUUCCCUCUCUUCAACCCUCACAACAAGAAGGAAGGCAGUAGCAGUCCACUCAGACUGGCCUUCUGACACUGACCCUGGGAGGGUCCCCGCAGGGCUGUUCCCAAGGAACAACUCUAACCUGGGAUGGAUAAAUCCCAAGGCUUUUCCGGUUAACUCUUGCCCCUUGGUUUGAAGCAUUAAAGGUAAUGAGGGCGGCAGAGUGGCGCAGGUGGUAGAUCCACUGCCUCACGGUGUGUAAUAAGCAUGUUGGGCUCAGUGUGGUGCCCACUGCCUCACGGUGUAGAAUAAGCAUGUUGGGUGCUGUGUGGUGCUUGCAGAUAGAUUCCCCUCCAACUCCACCUGUACAUAGUAUUGUACGGUGAUAACGGCUUUAAAAGCAUUCACCGGGUGAGGGGGGGUUAACAAGCGUGUGGAUCCAAGGUCCAGUUUGAUAUUGCUGUGAACACAAAUAUUCCCACUUUGUUGUUUUGAGGGGGAUGAGUUGUUAAGGCGGGUUGCGAGGAUGAGUUGUUAAAUGGUUUUUAUGAAGUUAAAUAAAGUUUGCACCAAAUGA